AUGGUAUCGUUGCCGAUGAUGUCUUCUGAAACAAGCUCAAAGAAUAGUAAGCCGAUUAGGAAAGUGAAACUUGCUAUUGAGAAAUCAAAGAACCAUAAGGCAGGUGUUGGAACCCUAGAGUCGAAGCAAAAUAUUUCUCGAGGGAGUAAAACUUCUCAAAAUAGAAAGAUUAAGCCAGAUGAUAUUUCUUAUGCUGGCAAGAAUAGUUCACACAAGGCAAAGAAUAGUGGGAAGAGUAUUGUAAAAUCAAAGACUAAAGAUGAAGAUAGGCACGGAGGUGUAGAGGGAUAUGAAGCGCUGAUUAAUGAGAAUAGGGGGUUCAAACCAAUGAAUUCUGGUAGGAAGAGGAAGAGAAUCUAUGCUGACCACAAUACAGGUGAGGGACGAACAAUGCACAGCAAGGUGGAAACGCCCGGUUGGAAGGCAUUGUCUAAAGUUGGGAAGAACAAGCUUAAAGAUGAUAUGGCUGAAGAAAAACGGACCACCAAAGUCAAAUCUCAUGAUAUUCAGCAAUUUGCUAGGAAAAACUCUUCAAUAGGGGGAAGAAUAUCUAAAGAGAAUGAAGUACUUGAUAAGAAAUGCAUUUCUGUUUCUGGAGCCAAGGGAAAGGCUGCUGAUAAAAUAAAAUAUUUUGAAUUGGAUGGUGGAGGGAAUGGUAUGUUGACCAAAAGUGUCAAAAGCAAAUCCCCCUCAAGCAAGCAAUCAGAUCAGAAUGAGAACAAAAAUGCAGCUGAAUUUCUUGCAAAAUAUCCCAAGAAAAAGGUUCACGACAAGAAGAGCUUUACUGGUGAUGCAGAGGUAAUGGAUGGCCGGCUGAAGAAGACAAAGCGAGUAAUACGGAUAGAUCCACACGACAUCACAAAUAAGCGGCUGGAUGAUGCCAUAGUUACUANACUAAUCGCGAACUUCCAUUGGGUUAUAAUUCUUGGCUGA